UGUCAACUCAACGUCGUACGUGGUUGCAGACAGACCCAAACAGUGUAAGAAGACUCCGCCAGGAAUGCAUCAGCAAAAUGCGGAGUCUACCGGUCAACACGUCAAAUACAGUCCCCGACGUUUGAAUCUCUAAGUUUUGCACAUGAAGCUUGAGGUGAAGGGCUGAAGGUGAAACUAAGCCUGCGUUUGAAUUAUUUAUUUGACCCGUUAGCAUCAGCACAUUUCACGGUGCCAUUCUCUGAGGCACUCGUUUGUCUAUAGGAAGACAGCAUGGCUGAUAUCGAGUCCUCCUUCGAAUUUAGCUCAUCUUUGACCAGCUCUUCGCUGCCUCCCCCGCGGACUCGAAUCUUUAAGAUCAUCGUGAUAGGAGACUCUGGAGUUGGCAAGACUUGCCUCACCUAUAGAUUCUGUGCAGGCAAGUUUCCAGACAAGACUGAGGCCACUAUCGGGGUGGAUUUUCGGGAGAAGGUUAUUGAAAUAGACGGCGAGAAAAUCAAGGUCCAGUUGUGGGACACCGCAGGCCAGGAGCGCUUUCGAAAGAGUAUGGUGCAGCACUAUUACCGCAACGUCCACGCUGUGGUGUUUGUCUACGAUGUCACCAAUGCCGCUAGUUUCCGAAGUCUUCCGGCGUGGAUCGAGGAGUGCCGUCAGCAUGCCUUGGGCCAAGAGGUGCCUAGAAUCUUGGUCGGCAACAAAUGCGACCUGCGGCAUGCCGCUCAAGUAAGUACCGACGUAGCGCAGCAGUUCGCUGAUGCACACUCAAUGCCUCUGUUCGAGACCUCUGCCAAGAACCCCUACGGAAACGACGACGGCGGUCGGAAUAAUAGUGACCACGUGGAGGCCAUUUUUAUGACGGUGGCGCACAAGCUGAAAUCUCAGAAGCCGCUGGUGUUAAGCCAACCACCGUGCGGAUCAGGAGAUACUGUCACUCUCAGGAGACAGGACGAGGAGGACAGGGGAACUUGGGGCUGUGGAUGUUGGAGGAGCUAAUGAAGGAAUCACCACUUACAGGAUGGAGAUGACAAAGGUGAAGCACUUUUUAAAGAAGCAGAUUCAGAGGUGCUUUUGUGUUAUCUAUGAAGGGUUGAGGACACAGGAACAUCUCUUCUCAAGAUUUCUUUUUGUAUCUGAUCUGGCCAUUAUUUUAAAGGGAAAAAACUUUCCUCCAUCACUCAAACCAGAGGCUUUGAGAAGUUGCAUGUAGGCCCAUUUGCCUUACAUAUACAAGCUUCAUCUAUUAUGUGUCAGCCUGUCUAGUUCAUAUCAUAUUCCACUGCCAAUCAUGCACUACAUUUUCUAGAUUUUUGCAGUUCUGCAGGUGAAUUGAACAAUGAAAUCUUCAUGCAUAACAUGUUGCCUUUUUCAUCAUAUUUUUUAAACAAUUUUUGCCGCAAUUAGAUAAACUGUUCUGUUAAAUCACUUCAGCCUCCAAGGUAAAUCUGGUUUA